AUGCAAAUAACUUGCUUGCUACUUUCGCAUCAAUUACUUAGCAUUGUUGAUGGUUCUACUAUUAUUCAUCCUGCUACUGUUAUUAAUGAAUCUGGUAAUAUUGUUCCCAAUGUUCACUUUUAUGAAUAUUUGCGUAUUGAUCAACAAGUCAAAUCAUGGAUUUUUGCUACUUUAUCUGUGUCCUGUGUCACCACUUUGCUGCAUUAUCUGUUCCCUAUCAGUUUUGAUGAUUUGCGUCCUAAGUUGCUCCUUCAUGAACAACAUUUAUUAAAUUCUAAGGAUGCAUCUGAUCCCACAUCACAUCAUGCCUUACUUGUUGUUAAAACUACUGGUACUGGAUCAAGUUCCUCCUCCCAACCUAGUUUUGGAGGGAGAAAUCGGGGAAGGAAUAACAAAAACAGAGGCGGUAAUAAUAAUCGUGGGGGUAACAACAAUCAGAAUGGUCGUGGCAAUAAUGGUGGAAAUGAGGGAAAUGAUAAUUCUCGUGGCUCUGGAAACAACAAUGGCAAUCGGGGACGCUCAAAUGGUAUGAGUAAAUAA